UUCAUGUGUGUUCGAAAACGAGGCUUACAUGCGGCGUUCUUUCUCUGUUCAGCAAAAUUUUCUUCGCAUCUUUAUUCGAGCAAUUUAGCGUAAUUUACUGCAGUUCAACGGAAAUAAUUGUCUACACUAGUCAGAAAAAUGGCACAGUACAUACAGAUUGCUGAAGAAGAGAAUGAAGAGCCAAUUGAGGUGCCGACAGAAGAUGACGGCACAUUGCUUUUGUCUACGCUCUGUGCCCAAUUCCCUGGUUCGUCCGGUCUGAAAUAUAGGAACCCAGAAACUGGAACUGUUCGAGGAGUACGACUCUUAGAUGGACGCUUCCAUUCGUCGGAAGGCCUCUGGGGAAACCUCGUCUAUGUGGUCGUGUUUCCUAAAGACAACAAGCGUAAAAUGGACGAUGGGCUUGAAAAUUCACUGGCGAAGACAAAAAGACUGGAGAGCAAGUAUCGUACAACCCCAAGUGAUUUGAUUGUCCUGGGCCUUCCAUGGAAGUCCAAUGAAGAAGAUACCAAACAAUACUUCGAACAGUUUGGAGAAGUCGUUUUAUGCCAGAUCAAAAAGGACUUCAAGACUGGUCAGUCCAAGGGAUAUGGAUUUGUGAGGUUUGCUGACAUGGAAGGACAGAACAAGGUUCUGUCACAGAGACAUUGUAUCGAAGGCCGUUGGUGUGAAGUGAGAAUUCCCAACUCAAGGGAGCCGAACUAUCCGAUCGCUCUGCGCAAGCUGUUCGUCGGGCGGCUGACGGAGGACGUGAGCGCGGAGGACCUCCGCACGUACUUCAGCAAGUUCGACGAGGUGACCGACGUCUUUGUGCCGAAGCCGUUCAGGGGCUUCGCCUUCGUGACGAUGGUGCAUCCGGAGGUUGCCGCCAAGCUCAUCGACGAAGACCACAUCAUCAAAGGUAUCAGCGUGCACGUUAGCAGUGCAGAACCGAAGCAGAAGGACAAGGAAAGGUUUGGUGGCGGUGGGGGCAGAGGUAGGUUUGAUGACCACAGGGGAGGUUGGCACGACGGCCACCAGGGUGGUGGCAUGGGCGGUGGCCAAGGCCAGAACAUGGGAAUGAACCCGGGCAACAACCCCAUGGGCAUGAACAUGCAGAACAUUCUCACUCCCGCCAUGUUGGCCGCGGCAACGGCUGCCCUGCAGUCCAACCCAUGGGGCCUGCUUGGCAUGGCCGCGCAGCAACAGCAGCAGCAGCAGCAGCAGCAGGGUGGGCAGCAAGGUGGGCAGCAAGGUGGGCCGCAGGGGCAGGCUGGGGGGCCUAACCAGGAUGGAGCUCAUGGUAACUAUAGUGGGUCACAGUCUGGGCAGACAGUUAGCAGUGCGGGAGGGCAAUCUGGAGCGGCAGGGUAUGGAAGUUUUGGGUGGGGUGGACAGGGAGGUGGUGAGCAGCAGAAUACGGCUGCUGGGUGGGGCGGUGGAACCAAGCCAGCAGCAAGCUGGAACUAAGAGAAAGAAAUGUGAGGUGUGCAUGUGUGGCGGUGAGUGUGUGUGCGUGACUGUGUACAUGUAUAGAAUUAGAUGCGCUUCUGAGAAAGAGAGAGAGAGAGAGAGAGAGAGAGCACAUAGACUUUCUAUGACCAUCUUUAUGUAUAAGUCUGAUAGAAUAAUAAUCAAGUGGUUGUGCUUGGAGGUUAGAAGUACUGAGUGUGUGGAGUAAGUGUGGCUAUUGUAAGGAUUUUAACAUGAUUAAGAAAUGGUUCAUUCUUUGAAGCCGUGUACAUAGUUGUCAAGUGAGGUUAGCGCAGAAUGUGUGUUUUACUUACUCUGUUGCACACCUUAGUUUUGAGACUGAAUCUUGAUAUGUGCGUAAUUGGGAAAACAUCGGACGUUCGUUAGUUAUUUAUGUUUUGUCUGACACCAAGUCAUGAUUCGUAGGUGAAUGCAUUUUUCGAAAUUAUUUAAAGCACAGUUUAUUUUCUCAAUUUUAGUUUAUAUGCUUAAUGGAUAUCAAACCUGUUAAUAGCUGGAAAAUCUACUAUGUCUCCUCUAAUUUACUCACAUAGUGUUUCUAGUUCAGUGCUGGUGAAGUGGGCCUGUUCAGAGAGAGUGACUGUAUGACUUCCUGCAUGUUGAUUUAAUGCUAUACGAGAAAUGUGUAAGACAAUGCAGUGUGGUUAGCAAUUUUCCUGUGCAUAUGUUGCUCAUCAACUUGCCGUGUUGACCAAUGUUUGAUUUGAAUU